AUGGAUCCUACUCAUCCUCCAGGGUUUACCCCAGUACAUGGGCAAACGUCAGUUCCACUACCUGGCGUCAUGGAGGGUUCAAUGCCAAGUAUACCCCCGUUCAUCCCUAAUAUACCAGCACAGGGGUUUCCAGUAGUGGGGACUCCCCCAUUAGUAGCUUUUGAUUUGGGGGUGAACAGAUCUGAAACUGAACGUCAAUACGAUGUACUAGAGGAACGUCUGAAAGCUAUUGAAGGAUCCAAUACAUUCGAUUCUGUAGAUCCCAAUGAUUUGUGCCUCGUGCCAAAGGUCACCCUGCCACCAAAAUUCAAAGUACCAGAUUUUGAAAAAUUUAAUGGAACUAAUUGUCCUCGAACUCACCUGCGCCUGUAUUGCCAAAAAAUGGCUGCCCAUUCCGAUAAUGAGAGACUAAUGAUGCAUUGCUUUCAAGACAGCUUGACAGGGGCAGCUAUCAGGUGGUAUAUUCAACAAGAUCGGACUCGGAUCCGCACAUGGAAAGAUCUGGCUAAUUCUUUUAUAGCUCAAUACCGCCAUGUUAUAGAAAUGGCACCCGAUCGUAUGACCUUGCAGAGUAUGCAAAUGAAGCCCACCGAAACAUUUAGAGAAUAUGCAUAUAGGUGGAGGGACAUGUCUGUCCAGGUCAAUCCUCCAGUGGAAGAUAGGGAGGCUAUUUCCCUAUUUGUGAAUACCAGUAAAGAAGGAAGAUCUGUGAAAAAGUGUGUAACUUUUAGAAUGUUUUUGCAAAAGAUGGUGGAUAACAAGUUUAUAGAGAUUGGUUGUACCCGCAAAAGUGGAGAGAUUGCAGUCAUUGGGGAAAACAGGCCGGUAUAUCAUCAGUGCACCAAUCAACCAUUUAUACCUACCAUGAACAAGGCUCUUCCCACACAGGAAGCGCCAGCUCGCUUGGUGAUCUCUACUCCCAGGCCAUUCCCAUACAAGAAUUCUUCUAAAACAAAUCGACAGAAUGCAGGGGAACCAGACAGGGCAGUGAAAAGUCCAAUAUCUAAUGGAGAGGCCGAAGAAUUCCUGAAGAUAAUAAAGCAUAGCGAGUACAACAUCGUGGACCAACUAAAGAAAAUGCCGGCUCACAUAUCUGUUUUGUCACUUCUACUAAAUUCAGAAACCCAUCGGGAGGCGUUACUUAAAGUCCUAAAUCAAGCCUACAUUCCCCAAGAUAUCAGCGUUGAUAAAUUCAAUCAUGUGAUCGGAAGUCUAGCAGCCUCCAAUUACAUCACUUUUACUGAUGAAGAAAUUCCGCCAGAAGGCCAGGGGCACAACAAGGCGCUGCAUAUAUCCACCAAAUGUAAGGAUCAUAUGAUGUCUCGAGUCUUGAUAGAUAAUGGAUCAUCCUUCAAUGUUAUGCCAAUGACUACACUGCAAAGGUUACCCAUUGACCCUUCUUAUGUGACACCAAACAAUUUGGUGGUGCGUGCCUUCGAUGGGACACGAAGAGAGUCAGUAGGGUCGCUUGACAUCCCUAUUCAGAUUGGACCCGUAACCUUCAAUAUCACUUUUCAAGUCAUGGAUAUUACGCCUUCAUACAGUUGUCUCUUGGGAAGGCCUUGGAUACAUAAUACUGGGGCAGUUCCCUCCUCUUUGCAUCAGCGAGUGAAAUUUAUAGUAGGGGAUAAACUGGUAUGUGUUUAUGGAGAAACCGAUAUAAUGGUUACUAAACCUUCUUCCACUCCCUAUGUGGAAGCAGCUGAAGAAGCCCAUGAAGAUUCAUUCCGAGCAUUUGAGAUCAUCAACGUCAUUACUAUAAUGGAGGGAUCUUUUAUCCCUCAACCUCGGAUCUCUUCUUCCACACACAUGGUGGCCGCUGAAAUGAUUAAAUCAAGGUUUUGCCCGGGAAAAGGGUUGGGGAAGUAUCUUCAGGGCAUCGCAAUGCCAUUGUUACCAGAAGGCAUGAAUGAGAGAUACGGCAUCGGAUAUACUCCUACUUUAGCUGACCAUAAGAAGAAGGCAGAAGAGAAAAGAAUAAUCCGAAUCGAGAGGCGCACAGGAAGAGUAAGUACCAAGUGGGGGGUAGAAGUCCCGCCAAUGAAUCAGACCUUUCGAAAGGGCAAUCAAGUCACUCUUGAGGAAGAAAUGAAACAGAUGAGCAUAUUGGCCUUAGAAUCAGGGGACCACAUGAAUGACUCGAGUAGAUGGAUCUACCCAUUGACAGGAGCAGAAAUUCAGAACUGGACAUCUUUUGAUUACCCAAUUCACUUCAUGGAUAGGGAAAAUAAUCAUACCAGUAUUCAGGAGCCAGAAAUUGAUGUUAACUUUGAAAACUUAAUCCUAGAAGCUGAAAUAGAAGAGGAGACUGACUUAUCACCUGAAAUGCAAAGAAUGUUGAAAUCAGAUGAAAAACCAACUUUAACUAGUAGUGACCCCACAGUCACAAUAAAUUUGGGGACUAAUGAGGAACCAAAAGAAGUAAAAAUCGGGGCACUGUUGGGAGGAAAAGAAAGAUGCGAAAUGAUAAACCUUUUGAAGGAAUACCAAGAUGUUUUCGCAUGGUCCUAUCAGGACAUGCCGGGUUUGGAUACGGACUUAGUAACACAUAAAAUACCCAUUUACCCAGAUAGCAAACCGGUAAAACAGAAACUGAGGAGAAUGCGCCCAGAUAUGUUGAUCAAAAUAAAAGAAGAGGUACAGAAGCAGUUUGAGGCUGGUUUUUUAGAAGUAGCCAAAUAUCCAGAGUGGAUGGCCAAUGUAGUUCCAAUAAUGAAGAAAAAUGGAAAAGUGAGAGUCUGUGUUGACUAUCGAGACUUGAAUAAAGCUAGCCCUAAAGAUAAUUUCCCACUUCCACACAUAGAUGUGCUGGUAGACAAUACCGCGGGACAUGCCCUGUUUUCAUUCAUGGAUGGGUUUUCUGGAUAUAAUCAAAUUAAGAUGGCCCCAGAAGAUAAAGAUAAGACCACGUUCAUCACCUUAUGGGGGACCUUUUGCUACAAGGUUAUGCCCUUUGGUUUAAAGAAUGCAGGGGCAACCUAUCAGAGAGCCAUGGUAACGCUAUUCCAUGACUUGAUGCAUAAGGAGAUAGAAGUAUAUGUGGACGACAUGAUUGUUAAGUCUCGAGAUGAGUAUAGCUAUGUGAUGAACUUAAGGAAGCUAUUUAAAAGGCUACGAAAAUGUCAACUGAAAUUAAAUCCAGAAAAAUGUACAUUCGGAGCUUCUUCAGGAAAAUUGUUGGGAUUUAUCAUAAGUGAGAAAGGGAUUGAAGUAGACCCAGAUAAAAUAAAAGCUAUUCGAGAAAUGCCUAGUCCCAAAACUGAAAAAGAAGUCAGGAGUUUCCUAGGCCAAUUGAACUACAUAGCUCGAUUUAUAUCUCAGUUGACUGCUACUUGUGAGCCCAUAUUUAAGCUGCUGAAGAAGGAUAACCCCGAAAAAUGGAGUGAAGAAUGUCAGAAAGCUUUUGAGAAAAUAAAAGAAUAUCUAUUGAACCCUCCAGUUUUGGUUCCCCCUGUACCUGGAAGGCCUCUUAUAUUGUACUUAGUAGUAUCAGAGAAUUCUAUGGGGUGUGUGUUAGGACAACACGAUGAGUCUGGAAGAAAGGAGCGCGCCAUCUAUUAUUUAAGCAAAAAGUUCACGGAAUACGAAUCUAGGUACUCUAACCUGGAGAAGACGUGUUGCGCUUUGGUGUGGGUGGUUAGUAGAUUAAGGCAAUACACGCUGUAUUACACAACAUGGCUGAUUUCUAAAAUGGAUCCGAUUAAGUAUGUUUUCGAGAAACCUGCAGUAACAGGACGGAUGGCUCGUUGGCAAAUGCUGUUGACUGAAUAUGAUAUUACAUAUGUGACGAGAAAAGCCGUCAAAAGGAGCAUUAUAGCAGAAUAUUUGGCUGAUAGGGCCGUUAAUGAUUACCAAUCCAUGGAGUUUGACUUCCCGGAUCAAGAUAUUGAUUCAAUUGAUCAAGAAAAGGAAGGUAAUGUUGGGUGGAUGAUGCUAUUUGAUGGGGCGACCAACGUAUGGGGGCAUGGAAUAGGGGCUGUACUCAUAUCACCAGAGGGUAAAUAUUACCCAGUCACAGCCAAACUCACCUUUCCGUGUACCAAUAAUAUAGCUGAGUAUGAAGCGUGCGUAUUGGGCUUACAGGCGGCUAUUGACCGAGGCAUUAAAAAAUUGAUUGUAAAAGGAGAUUCUGCUUUGGUAAUUUAUCAGUUGACUGGAAAGUGGGAAACCCGGGAUUCCAAAUUAAUACCAUAUCAGGAGUUCAUUCAGGAAAUGAUGCAGGAAUUCGAUACUAUCAGUUUUUCGCAUUUACCGAGAGAGAGUAACUUAAUCCCUGAUGCGCUAGCAACAUUGGCGGCUUUAUUUAAGGUUGAGUCCGGAAUAGAGAUUGAACCCAUUCGAAUAAGAAUGCAUAGGGAACCUGCAUAUUGUAUAAUGACGGAAGAAGCCGAUGGGAAGCCAUGGUUUCAUGAUAUCAAAACAUACAUUCAAUGGAAGGAGUAUCCCAUAGGAGCCUCUAAUAAUGACCGAAAGACAAUUCGGAGGCUAGCUAUGGGAUUCUUCUUAGAUGUGGAGAUAUUGUAUAAAAGGAACCAUGAUUUGACCCUCCUACGGUGCGUGGAGUUGCAAGAGGCAAGACAAAUCAUUCAGGAAGUACACGACGGAGUUUGUGGGACCCAUGUGGGAGGACACUCGUUGGCCCGAAAAAUCCUAAGGAGUGGAUACUAUUGGAUAACCAUGGAACGGGAUUGCAUAGAGUAUGUUCGAAAGUGCCAUAAGUGUCAAAUCUAUGGAGAUCGCAUACAAGUCCCACCCACUCAACUCCAGGUUUUAUCUGCACCUUGGCCUUUCUCAGCAUGGGGGAUGGAUGUGAUCGGACCGAUAACCCCGAAGGCUAGUAAUGGGCAUCGAUUCAUUUUCUUGGCCAUUGACUACUUCACAAAAUGGGUAGAAGCAGCAUCAUACUCUAAUGUCACUCAAAAUGUAAUCAAUCGUUUUAUCAGGAGAGAAUUAAUUUGCAGGUAUGGGAUCCCGGAAAGGAUAAUAUCAGACAAUGCUAAAAACUUGAACAACGAGGUCAUGACAAAAUUAUGUAGUCAGUUCAAGGUCAAGCAUCAUAAUUCAGCCCCCUAUCGACCUCAAAUGAAUGGAGCAGUGGAAGCAGCCAAUAAGAACAUCAAGAGCAUCUUGGAAAAAAUGACAAAGACCUAUAGAGAUUGGCAUGAGAAGUUACCUUUCGCUUUAUUGGCCUAUCGGACCACUGUUCGAACAUCUACAGGGGCUACCCCUUUCUCUUUGGUAUAUGGAAUGGAGGCCGUAAUUCCGAUAGAAGUUGAGAUUCCAUCGUUACGAGUCUUAAAAGAAGCAGAGUUAACCGAAGCAGAAUGGGUGCAAUCUAGAUAUGACCAGUUGAAUCUAAUUGAAGAAAAAAGAUUGACAGCUAUAGUUCAUGGGCAGUUAUACCAAAGGAGAAUGAUGAGAGCUUUUAACAAGAAAGUGCGUAUUCGACGGUUUCAAGAAGGAGAUCUAGUUUUGAAAAAGAUUUUACCAAUUCAUAAUGACCCCCGAGGUAAGUGGACCCCAAAUUAUGAAGGGCCGUAUGUGGUAAAGAAAGCAUUUUCAGGAGGUGCCUUAUUAUUAUCAGACAUGGAUGGAGCCGAUCUGGUGCACCCCACAAACUCAGAUGCGGUAAAGAAAUAUUUUUCUUAG